AUGUCAGAGAUUCAUGAUAACUCCCCCAACACUUCAUUGAAAGAAGAAGCAGGGAAGGAUUCCAGGGAGAUUGAGUCGUCCUCUGGCUCUCAAAACGAUGGCAGUGUAAACAAUAAACAAUCCACUAGAGCAACUGCCCAAGAUUUGCUCAAUACUCGUCCACCCACAUUCAAGGAUAGAAUACAGAGGUUUUUUUUCUUACGUGGGUUAGGGGAUAGACCGCAGUAUAUGCAAGAAAUAUACAACAAUAUCCCACGGACAAUCUUUUUCAACUACGAUCUACCCCCAGAUAUGAAAGAUGACAAGGGCCAUCCGAUUAUUGAAUACCCAAGAAACAAGAUAAGAACCACAAAAUACACACCUAUAACUUUUUUACCUAAAAAUUUACUUUUGCAAUUUACUAAUGUUGCCAACACCUAUUUUUUAAUCUUGGUUAUACUAAGUGCUUUCCAAGUGUUUGGUGUGCCGUCGCCUGGGUUGGCUGCAGUUCCAUUAAUUGUUAUUGUAUGUAUCACAGCAGCCAAAGAUGCUUUCGAAGAUUAUCGAAGGGUAGUGAGUGAUAUGGAGUUGAACAAUAGUCCGAUACAUUUACUAUGUGGUGUACAAAAUCCUAAUGUGGAAAAGGACUUUGUUGGACCAUGGAGAAGGUUCAAAAAAGCAUGUACAAGAGGUAGUAUCAAAAUGUUUAAAGGUGUCAAGAAGGGUUGUAUAUACGUCUUUGGUAACAAACGUCAAAAGCAAGACUUUAUUCGUGAGCAAGCUCAUCAGGAAGAUUUGGCAUUGCACAGGGUAAGCACGGUUGUGUCUGAUUAUUCGUACCAUUCCCUGCACCGCAACAGCGCCUAUUCACCAAGAAUCAGUACACAGUCUAGGAAUAGAAAAUCUACCCAGUCAAGGCAUCCACCGACAAAAGCCCUUCCGGACUCGUUGCUUAACCCAGUAUUGAAAGAAGAAAAUGCCCAUCAUCCAGAUAUGAACAGAGCUUCGUUUAAAAACCGGUAUUGGAAAGACGUAAAUGUUGGAGACAUGAUCAGGAUCAGAGCAGAUGAAGAAGUACCAGCAGAUGUUGUCAUUGUCUCCACUUCCGAUCCAGAAGGGAACUGUUAUGUCGAGACCAAAAAUUUGGAUGGUGAAACAAACUUAAAGACAAGAACAGCGUUAAAAUGUGGGGGAAACAACAACUUGAAACACUCUGACGACUUGAGUGAUACAAAGUUCUGGCUCGAGUGUGAUGCCCCCAAUCCUGAUCUAUACUCGUUCAGGGGGACCAUCCAUUAUGAAAACUUUGAUGCUAAUGGAAAUUUGGUCAACCCGGACGAAAAAGAAGUGAUCACUCCGGAAAAUGUGCUUUUGAGAGGUUGCAUUUUGAGAAAUACUAAAUGGAUCAUUGGACUAUGUGUUUACACCGGUCGUGAAACUAAGAUUAUGUUGAAUGCUGGAAUAACUCCUACAAAAAUUUCUCGUAUUUCACGAGAGCUCAACUUGUCUGUUAUCAUCAACUUCGUAUUGUUGUUUGUUUUGUGUUUUAUUUCGGGUUUAGUCAACGGGCUAUUUUACAGAGUCCAAGAUAACUCUCGUGUUUAUUUUGACUUCCAUCCAUAUGGUUCCACAAACGCAGCACGUGGUGUUAUUGCAUUCUUUGUUGCAUUAAUUAUUUAUCAAUCCUUGGUGCCAAUUUCAUUGUAUAUUUCCAUUGAAAUCAUCAAAACUUUGCAGGCAUUUUUCAUUCACUCAGAUGUCAAAAUGUACUAUGCAAAGUUGGAUUUCCCCUGUAUACCAAAAGCGUGGAAUAUUUCCGAUGACUUGGGUCAAAUUGAGUACGUCUUCAGUGACAAAACCGGGACAUUGACUCAAAAUGUUAUGGAGUUCAGAAAGUGCACCAUAAAUGGAAAAUCCUACGGUUUGGCGUAUACUGAAGCAAAGCAAGGAUUGGACAAGAGGCGUGGGUUAGAUGUUGUUGAAGAGGCUGCCAAGUGGAAGCAGAGAAUAGCCGACGAUAAGCAGCUCAUGUUGGACAAUUUAUACAAGUAUUCAAACAAUGACCAGCUCCGGGCUGACAAUAUCGCUUUCGUUUCUAACAAGUAUGUGGAGGACACUUUAAUGGCCAAGCCGGAUGAUCCGCAACGAAUUGCCAAUGAGAAAUUUAUGUUUGCUUUGGCUUUGUGCCAUACUGUGGUAACUGAGCAGAAUAAAGAUGAUCCUGAGCUACGUGAUUUCAAAGCAGAAUCUCCCGAUGAAGCAGCCCUUGUUUCAGUUGCAAAAGAUUUGGGUAUUGUCUUCAAGACAAAAUUGAGACAAUCAUUGAUACUACUGGUUUAUGGUAAAGAUGAGGAAUACCAGAUGCUCAACAUCAUUCCAUUUACGUCGGCAAGGAAAAGAAUGUCGUGUAUUGUCAAGGCACCAAAUGGGGGAAUUAUAUUGUAUACCAAAGGAGCCGAUAGUGUGAUAUUUCAGAGGUUAGAUUCUGAAAAGAACUCGCAUGAAGUAGUGAGUAAAACUGCUUUGUAUCUUGAAGACUAUGCAAACGAAGGUUUACGAACUUUGUGUAUUGCAUCUAGAACACUUGAUCCAAAACAUUACGAAAGUUGGGCACAAAGAUACCAUGAAGCUAUUGUAUCCAUCGAGGAUAACAGAGAUGUUUUGAUUGAUGAGUUGAAUGAUGCUAUUGAGAGGGAUUUGAUAUUGUUAGGAGGAACCGCCAUUGAAGAUAGAUUGCAACUGGGUGUACCAGACUCAAUUGCUAUUUUGGGACAAGCGGGUAUAAAGUUGUGGGUUCUUACUGGAGACAGAAUUGAAACUGCCAUCAACAUUGGGUUCUCAUGUGACUUGUUGGAAAAUAAUAUGAAAUUGUUGGUUGUACGACCAGAUGAAAAUAACCCCACGAACGUUGAAUAUAUCGACGAGUUAAUUUCGAAACAUUUGUCAGAAAAUUUUCAGAUUGAUACGGCAAGUCCUGAAGCGGUAGAGACUUUGAUCACGGAAGCACGAAAAGACCACUCACCACCUAGCUCUAAAUUUGCCUUGAUCAUCGAUGGAGCAGCUUUGGGGUUAAUUUUUCAAGAUUUGGAUGCCAAUGCAGAUAUUGAUAUGAAGUUGCUCAAAGACAAGUUUCUUUUGCUCGGAAAGCAAUGUAAAUCUGUCAUGUGUUGUCGUGUGUCGCCUGCUCAAAAGGCAGAGGUGGUUAGAAUAGUCAAGAAUCGUUUGAAGGUCAUGACAUUGGCAAUAGGUGAUGGAGCUAAUGACGUUGCCAUGAUUCAGACGGCAAAUGUUGGAGUUGGAAUUGCUGGUGAAGAAGGUCGUCAAGCGGCCAAUUCAUCGGAUUAUGCUAUCGGUCAGUUUAGGUACUUGACUCGGUUGUUACUAGUGCAUGGACGUUGGUCGUACAAGAGAUUAGCUGAAAUGGUUCCGUGUUUCUUUUAUAAGAAUGUUGUCUUUUCGUUUACAUUUUUUUGGUACGGAAUCUAUAACAACUACGAUGGGUCGUAUCUUUAUGAAUAUACCUAUCUUAUGUUUUACAACUUGGCAUUUACUUCACUCCCGGUCAUUGUUUUGGGAGUGUUGGAUCAAGAUGUGUCCGAUACAGUUUCAUUGUUGGUACCGCAAUUGUACAUUAAUGGUAUUCUAAGUCAGGACUGGUCGCAAUACAAGUUUGUGAUGUACAUGGUUGACGGAUUAUAUCAAUCGGUUAUUUCGUUUUUUUUCCCUUACUUGUUGUUUUACAAGGCAUUCCAGAACCCGCAAGGCAUGACCAUUGAUCAUAGAUUUUAUGUCGGAAUUGUUGCUGCAUGUAUCUCGGUGACUGCGUGCGAUCUUUACGUGUUGUUGCGCCAAUAUCGAUGGGAUUGGCUUUCAUUGUUGAUUGAUAUCAUAUCAAUUCUUCUCGUCUUCUUUUGGACCGGUGUUUGGAGUGUGAACAAAAAUUAUUCAGGGGAGUUUUAUCGAGCUGGUGCUCAAACUUUGGGAACUUUGGGUGUUUGGUGCUGUUUCUUUGUAGCAGUGAUUGCAUGCUUAUUGCCUAGGUUCACACUUGAUUUUUUGCGCACAAACUUUAAACCGACAGAUGUUGACAUCAUUAGGGAGCAAGUGCGUCAAGGUAAAUACGAUAAUUACCCCGAGGGAUACGAUCCAACCGAUGCUGAAGAUGUUGAGAGGCACAGGUUACUCACAGAAAUUAUCAAACAGGAUCCAGAAUUGUUUGACAAGAUGGAAAAGGAAUACGAAGAGGACAAAUUUGAUCAUGAGAAUAAAUUGGAACGAACCCUCAAGUCUAUCAAGCGCAAGACUACUCUCACUGGGUCAAGGUCAAGAAAAAAUUCACAAAGGCUUAGAAAAAACACCAUCAAUAGUCAGUUCCACAAGCCAAUUUCAAUUGAUGAAUUGAGACAGCAAAUGAUCCAGACGGGUGAGUACAAUACCGCAAGGAACUCGUUGGAGAGGAUAAGCACUUCCCAUGCAGUACCUGGACUAACACAAGCUGAAACCUUAUUAUCCUAUCAUACUAGAAAUAGUAUCAACUUGAAUCGCAACCCAGCUUCUUGA